CAACUGGAAUUAAUAAAUGGCCGAAUCAGAACAUUCUUCUAGUGAAAAUGCAUCCAUGGACACCAUAGAGGAGCACAGUAAACAAGAUUCCGAACUGGAGUUCUCAGAUGAUGAGGAAACGCUGAUAAUCAGGAUGUUCAAUUUGGUUGGAGAAAGGUGGAGUUUGAUUGCUGGGAGAAUUCCAGGAAGAACAGCUGAGGAGAUUGAGAAGUAUUGGAACACAAGAUACUCGACAAGCCAGUGAA